AAAAAAGAAAAUUAGAAACCAAGAAAACCCAUAGAAACGUAGAUCCUUCCUGUCUUGUACUUCGUUCUUCAACUCUCACACACUCUCUCUCACUCUAACUCACACACACCCUCUCUCUCUCUGACUCUCACGCACACACUCGCUUUCUCUGUGUUGGACGCCUUGAAGAUCUGAAACAGGUGACGAGAGGAGGAACGCGAACCAUGACGGAGCACCGGAACAGAGAGCUCGUCUUUCUCAUACUCCGGUUCUUGGAGGAACAGAAAUACGACGACGCUGUUCACAGGUUGGAGAAAGAUUCAGGGUAUUUCUUCAAUAUGAGGUAUUUUGAGGAUUGCGUGAUCCAUGGUGAAUGGGAUGAGGUGGAGCACUACCUGGCUGGAUUUACUAAGGUUGAUGAAAACAGCGACUCUACGAAGAUUUUAUUUGCGAUUCGGAAACAGAAAUUCCUCGAGGCCCUUGACAGACAUGACCACGCUAAAGCUGUCCAGAUUCUUCAAAGGGAUUUGGAACCGCUCUUGACAUUCGGUGACGAGUUUUAUGAUGAAGUAUCAUCACUGUUUCUGCCCGUGGUCAUUUGCAGGGAGAAAGAGCGAAUAUCAAAAUGUGAUGAUGCUAGGUCCACCAGGGCUGCACUGCUUUCUAAAAUAAAAAUGUUAAUUGAUGCAAGUCCACUUUUCCAUGAUAAGCUUCAGUUCCCCAACUUCGACCACUCAAGGCUGAGGACACUGCUUAAGCAGAGCUAUUCCGAUACUAGUAUAUAUGAAACAGUUCGAUCUGAAGUGAGACGUGCUAUCUCUGAGAUUCAAAAUGACCUUGAAAGUGCUAUGCGAAGGAGUAUUACUCCAGCACUUGCAACUACCGACAUUGCUGAUACCCCUCCUGACCUGGUAAAUCCAAGUGCAGUUGAAUUAGUUUUGGAUAUCAGAAGAGAAUAUGCCAAAAAGCUUGAGCAGGCUAUGCGAAGGAGUAUUACUCCAGCACUUGCAACUACCGACAUUGCUGAUACCCCUCCUGACCUGGUAAAUCCAAGUGCAGUUGAAUUAGUUUUGGAUAUCAGAAGAGAAUAUGCCAAAAAGCUUGAGCAGUCCCUGGAACGCUCUAGAAAACUUCAAUCAGACCUGGCUGUUGAGGAGCACCGUGGACAAGAGCUCAGCAGGAUCCUGAAGGAACUGCUUCCAGAUCCCAAGACCUCUAAUGUGCCAAAAUCACGUCCAGGAAGAAAAGUUGGUGCUUCCAGUUCUGCCCUUGGGACAAACAACCAAGUGCUCAAACUUGAGGUUUUGGUAAUAGGGGAGCAUGACACCUUUCGUUUCGUAAGGGAAGCUAUUUCGAGAGCCGUGUUGGACAUGAGUUCUUUGGAAACCAGCCUAGACUUUCAUUAUUCAUACGAAGACACCCCUUUCAUGGUAUCAUGCGAUGCAUUGGAGCGUCCUAACAUUAUUGUUAUGGAGCACAGAUUUGUUGUUCAGUUGGGGAGAGCUAAAAUGAAGAUACUUGUGGACGGAUGGCGUGGGAAGAAGUGGGGACCGGGGGUUGAUUUGAUGGUGGUUACAGUGGUGUGGGCCGGUCAUGUGGAAGAUGAAGAAUUGAAUGCUUGGAGGGAACAACGGAAACAAGGCGGCAAAAUAGCUUCUCCUUUUCCUGGGCUGAUUGAUGCUGUGUUCCUAGGAGAGCAUCUGGAUGAUAUAGAAGAGAUUGCCCCUCUGCUUUGGAGCUGCUUUGACUUUGCAAGAGAGAGGAAGGACAAAGAGUCUUGUUAGCAUAACUAGUGAUUAGUGGAGUGGACUACUUUAGUUAAAGGCAUAAUUGUGGGCUAGAUUUAUGCUAAUUGAUUGUUGUAAGAUGUGCAUAUAAAAACCUCUUAAGUAAUACAUCAGAUAUUAUGCAUUCCCGUAUAUUGUGGUCUUUUUCAUCAAGAGAGAGGAAGGACAAAGAGUCCUGUCACUUUGUUAUUGCUCCAUCACUCUGUUUGAAACUUGGAAGUAAGAACUGUUGUUGUUGCUACUUUGAAACUUGGAAGUAAGAACUGUUAUUGUUGCUACUUGGAAUUUUGAUAUUUUUGAUAAACAUAUAAAUUGAACUUUCUAUA